AUGACCAGAACUAAAUCCAACCUUCUCAUUGCUCUCAUUUAUGAAGACCCACAGAUCUAUCGCGAUCUCGGCUACCCAGCUUCUCAUAUCUCCCAUCUAGAUACCUGUACCCCGGCCGAGGAUGUUAUUGUCGCUCUCAGCAGGCUCGGACACAGGGUGAUUCCUAUCCCGGAUGUGCAGACGCUGGCGAGAAAGCUUGGUGCCGGUGAAGGGGCGCAGUGGGAUCUAGCGGUGAAUAUCGCUGCGGGGGUGUAUGGAGCUGCAAGGGAAGCGCAGGUGCCCGCUAUGCUGGAGGCAUUUGCGGUGCCGUUUACAUUUUCGGAUGCGGCGACUAUGGCGCUUUGUUUGGACAAGGGGAAAACAAAGAUGGUCCUCGAGCACUACGGCAUCCCGACAUCCCCCUUCGCAAUCAUCAAUCUAGACCGAUAUCCCGACAAACCCAUAACACCAAACGUCGUCAACUCCCUGACGAAAGGAUCCAAACACGCAUCGUCACUCCUGGACCCAGCAUCGUACCCACUCUUCGCAAAGCCACUAGCAGAAGACACCUCGAAAGGAAUUAAGCAGAUAAGCGUCAUCCAUAACGUUAAUCAGCUCUGCCAAGCCAUCGAAGAACUGCGCUUAAGCACACGCGCGAUCCCAGCAAUUCUAGUCGAGAAGUUCUUGACAGGUCGUGAGUUCACUGUGGGGAUCCUAGGCACAGGCGAUGACGCAUGGGUUCUAGGAGUCGAUGAGAUUGUGUGGAACGAUCAGGUCAACGGGGACUCUGACGUUGCUGUUGACGUUGUGCAGUUUGCGACUGAGAAAUCUAAGACUAGUGAGGACUGGGAUGGCAUCGCGGAUGAAGUCCCAGCCAAUCGGGCCGAUCCACUGGUCGAGCAGGCAUGCACGGUCGCCUUGCGGGCCUGGAGAGCAAUAGGCUGUCGUGAUGGUGGACGAGUUGAUAUCAGGUUCGAUGCUUCGGCCGGAGUGGCUAAUGUUCUGGAGAUCAAUCCAUUGGCGGGUCUGAAGCCUGAAUGGUCUCAGCUGCCGAUGAUUGCUGCGCACAAUGGCAUGUCAUUUGAUACUUUGUUUGAGCAUAUAGUUCGCAGCGCACUGAAGAGGGCUCCAGCGCAAUGGAGGAUGUGA